GCUUUUCUCCUUGAGUAUUUGUAUAAUUUAUUGAAGCGAGUCUGAGAGCAGGACUGACAUCUCAUGGUCACAGGGUUGUUUACUAAGGACAAAGACCAGCUAUACAAUAAGGGGAAAAUCUUCAACGUAUAAGGGAGAAAGGCGACUCAGUCAAACAAAUUACAGCGAGCCAUCGUUGAACAGUACCAAACAACUAGUCCGGCUGAAUAUAGCCAUGUUGAGCAGCAACCGUGUCUUGGCCUUUGUUCUGCUUAUCUCGGUCAUCCAUAUGUCCAAAAGUCGGCUUGUCACAAAAAAUGGCGUUACAUACUUUGAUCAGGACUGCCGUAAACCCACGUGCCCAAGCCCGCAACGACUAGUCUGUCCGAAUCGUGCAGACGCGUGUAGCUGCUACUGUCAGGAUGUCCCUUGUUACAUGCCACAAUGCGGCAGUGAUUGCCAAGUCAGCUGCCUGAGAAGGACUGGCUGGUGUCAAUGCAAAUGCGUACCCAGAAAUCAGCGAUGUGCCGACACCUGGUCUAGUACAUGCCUGGCUGUGUGCGUCGGGUGUAAUCCUUGCAAGUGCAAUUGUGGUAAGCAUCUUUAUGCCUAUUGGAUUCAGUGA